UCUGUGAGGAAGGAAGGAGGGAAGGAAGGGAGGAAGGAAGGGAGGAAGGGGCCUAGCUGGAGAUUUAUUUACGGUGUGUGUUGGGCACACUGGUUGCGGCUAUUCGCAGUGUAACGGUAACAGUUAGCAGGCUAAUGGAGUAAGCCAUUUGUUUACCAUCGACUACGAAUGACUGGCUAUGAGCUGUUGGCGGUUUGACGCGAGGAGGCUCAAAGGACACAAGUCCAUGACACAAUGAGUCCUCCACCUCUGCCUGUAGUCUUCUGCUGUUGUCACAGGAAAAUCUGGUUGCAUUCAGAAGUAGGAGGCGAACACAUCUCUGUUUUCCACCCCGUUAUUAUCUGCCCCCUGACAAUGCUAUGGAAGGACAAGCAUAAUGAAUAGAUACACUACCAUCAGACAGCUCGGGGAUGGCACCUACGGCUCAGUCAUCCUCGGCCGCAGUCUGGAGUCGGGGGAACUAGUUGCCAUUAAGAAAAUGAAAAGGAAGUUCUACUCCUGGGAAGAAUGCAUGAACCUCCGUGAAGUGAAGUCCUUAAAGAAACUGAACCAUGCUAACGUGAUCAAGCUUAAGGAGGUAAUUCGGGAAAAUGAUCACCUGUACUUUAUAUUUGAGUACAUGAAGGAGAAUUUGUACCAGCUCAUGAAAGACAGGACCCGGUUAUUUCCUGAAUCUACUGUAAGAAAUAUCAUGUUUCAGAUACUUCAGGGGCUCGCCUUCAUUCAUAAACAUGGUUUUUUCCACAGGGACAUGAAGCCAGAGAAUCUUCUGUGCAUGGGCCCAGAGCUGGUGAAAAUAGCUGACUUUGGGCUUGCCCGAGAGAUCAGAUCUCGACCGCCUUACACGGAUUAUGUUUCAACUAGAUGGUACCGAGCUCCAGAGGUGCUCCUCAGAUCCACAUCCUACAGUUCACCUAUAGACCAGUGGGCAGUUGGCUGCAUUAUGGCAGAGCUGUAUACCCUCAGGCCUCUUUUCCCAGGAUCCAGUGAAGUAGACACCAUAUUCAAGAUUUGCCAAGUCUUGGGUACACCAAAGAAGAAUGAUUGGCCCGAGGGAUAUCAGCUGGCAAGUGCUAUGAAUUUCCGUUGGCCUCAGUGUGUUCCCAGUAAUCUGAAGACACUGAUCCCAAAUGCAAGUCCCGAAGCCAUCCAUCUGAUGACCGACCUGCUGCAGUGGGAUCCCAAGAAGAGACCAGCUUCUGCCCAGGCUCUCAGGUAUUCGUACUUCCAUGUUGGCCAAGCUUUGGGGACGCCUCAGCAGAUCUUGGAGCAGGGCAGGCCUCAGCCGAGCCGUGUGCCAAUGCAGACUCCUUUACAGUCUCAACAGAUGCUGCAGCAGCAGCCUCUGCUGCUUAAGCCUGUGCCCCCUCCCAGCCUCCUCCUCCCAACCAACACUGCUCGCCCUCCAGGCCUCUUCAGCAGGUCCAGCACUCCCCUGCAUCAGCAGCCGCAGGCUGCAGCGUACCAACGGCACACAGAGCUGGUGCGAGAGCAGCAGCAGCCAAAGCACAUCCUGAAGCAGGAGCAGACUGAGGGAACGCCACAGAGUCAUCUUCCUUACAUCGUUGACAAGACUCUACAGAGCAAGCAAACGAGGCAGGAGCCAGAAAAUGCAAACCUGCUGAGCUAUCAGUUGAAACCUAAAGGAGGAGGAGGGCGGCGGCGGUGGGGCCACGGCACAGGGCACCUCAAGGGUGACGACUGGGACGAUUACGAAGAAACCGAUCUGACGUCUAUAAGUAUUCUUGGGAAAAGUAACUUCUCUACACAGAAGUCGAGGCAGGGAGAGGGCACGCUGAGCAGAUAUGGAAAUAUUCUGGAUUUUAGCCGACCCACUGGAAAUGAAGAUGCACCUUUAAACCUGAACAAGACUGCAUCCUAUCAAGAGCCAUCAAGAACUGCCUCUGCUAAGCAGCAUUACUUGAGGCAGUCGAGAUAUUUACCUGGCAUUAGUACAAAGAAGAACGUGGCCAUAAAUGCCAGCAAAGACUUCACUGGUAGCCAUCUUUGGGGCAGCAGUAGUAUUCCAUUCGGAGGGACUCUGCCAAGUAGAGGCGCUCACGGCACAAAUACAAUCCCAGGUGGAUACAUGCCAUCUUUUUACAAAAAAGACAGCGGCUCUGCCGGUCACAGAGGGCAUCAGGGUCAUUCAGUGGAGACAACAACAUCAAAUUAUGCAACAUGGCGGUCUGGCCGGAGCCAGAUGAACGCGUCUGCCAACAUGCCACCGACCAACAAAAGCACCCCGGGUCUGCUGCCUCGCCCGCCGCUGCAGACUAUUCACGGGCGAACAGACUGGUCUGCCAAAUACGGACACCGCUAGUGGCCUCGCCCCGGAGCUCCGAUCUGUGCCCUAAGAACUGUUUCUCUCCAAAGAGUAGGCGUAGUCGUUUUAUAAUCAAAAUGUGUACAUAAAUCUUACACAGCAAUAAAUUCAGUUUUGUCGUGCAUACCGUGGAUGUUGUGAUAUGUAAAAUAUUUAAGUAAACAGGUAAAAUGCAACCUGCCAAAAUGUGAGCCCAGAUUUGCUCAUCAGUGUUUUAUUUUGCAUUUCUGGAGCUGAACGUCUGUCCUGCAGAGGUUGCAUCCACAGUUUUGUAUCAUAUCUGUUAUUUACAACAUGUACACAUUAUAUGCAUACUGUAACUAUUCACUGUGACUUUUUUUGGCUGACGAGUUACUUUGCAUCUGUACAGUAGUUAUGUUUUUCUUUUUACAUGAUUAUUCUUUUGUUUUAAAGUGAUUGCAUUUCCAAUCAGGUAGCUGCCAUUUAUGUGUUAUCUUUUUUUUACGUCACUGAAUUUUAAUGCAAUUCAAGGGGUUGUUACAUUGUAUAGAUCCGUUUCUGUUCAGUAACACAUUUAACCCCCUCUUGGCCAAACUGAGUGUAAUUAUUGAAAUGCAGGUUAUCAAGUACAAUUAAAUUUUUUGACUGGGUACUGGUAUUAGCACAGUUUAUUCUUUUAUGAAGCAAUUGUAGUCGAUUAAAAGGUUUUAUUAUUAUUUCUUUUAAAUGUAACUAUUACCUGUCAGCCCAGUUUCCAUGUCAGGCCCACAGCUGCUGCAGGAUGAGCACAGCUUGGCUGCUGGAUUACUCUGUCAGGGAUUAAUCCUGCUAUUAAUACUAAAGCAGAUAGGUUGGGAAAUAUUUGGAAAGUGACACAGUUUUCAUUAUUUUAACUCAAAAUUGGAUUCUGCUUGAAGCUUUCAAGGGCUUUAACUAAAAUAUUCCAUCAGUUGGUGUAACUAGUUUAUACUCCUACCUUCUUGGAUGGAUUUGCUUUAUUUUUCCAGCCUAAGGAUGACCUGUUUCGCUUGCACAGAAAGCUCCUCUGACCGCUUGUUGUUUCACAUCGUCAGCCUAUUCAAUGUAUGACAGUAACAGCUCACAGCUGUGCAUGUCAAAUUCUGUUUUCUUGCUUUAAACUGAGGGAAAUGAGAUAUUGAAGAACUGCAUGUCCUAAACCUUUGCUCCAGCCAACAUGUGAAUAGCCUCAUAUUAAAGCAGACAUUCUGCACUUUAAGCCCAAUGUCAUUAUUCAGCUCGAACUUGAAUAUAUUUUGGCAAAUGGCUUAAUAACAAAAACUGUGUCAGUUUCCAAAUAAUACAGUGUUGUGCAAACGUCUUGCAACAUCCUUCGUUUCUUUAUAUUUUGCUUACAAGCAGACGGACUUUGUCAUUAUUUUAUUGUGGUCUUGGGAAAUAGUUCUCCAGGCUUUCUUGAGGUGUUUCCAAGUUUUGCUUUGGAUAUUGGCUGAUUUUUCAUAGGAAUGUUCUUUUUCUCAAGCCCCUUUAACACUGACCUAUGAAUCAUUAAAGCAUCAAAAAAAAGGCACAUAGCUGAAGGGAUAAGCCAGAUUUUUGUCUACAUAUAAUAGACAACUCAGUAAAAAGGCAAUUUUCAAUCACUGAAGCUUCAUCAGAAAUGGUCGCAAUGGAAGGGUGGCAAGAAGUCAUUUCUCAGGAAAGCAAGCAGGGAGAAAAAGCUGAAGUAUCCCAAAUUACAGAAGAGCUGGACUGGAAAUCAUCAUCAGCAUGCACUGCAACAACCAAUCUACAACUCACGAGGUGUAGUCAAUGCACAGUUAAACCCAGGAAACACCUGAAGGCUAUUGCAUCACCACCACAAGGAUUGUAGGGGCUGCAGAAGGAUUAAGAGGUCAGGAGAGAGGUACAACAGCCACUUGUAAAACACUGUGGUCUCAUGGUUUGGUGAUGUUGUCAAAACUGAUGGAAUUAUGAAUGCAGAAAAAGACUGUGAGAUUUUGAUCCUCCAUGCAAUACCAUCUGCUUAGUAUCUGAUUCAUUUUUCAGCAGGAGAACGAUCUCAAACACACUGCCAAUGCAGUAAAUGCAAACCUGGAUAGAAAAACACACAGUGGAGCACUAUGAGUCAUGGCUGCCCCAGAACCCAGAGCUCAACAGCAGUGAUGGGAUCAUCUUGACAGAGAACCAAACAAAAGGUAGCCAACAUCCAAAGAAGAGGCUUGAAUGAGGAAAAAGAAGCCUGGAGAACUAAUCCUGAAGACUACUUAAAGAAACUGGAAAGAAAGAAAGCUGACUAAGAGUUCACGCAAUAUUUUAUGGACCGCUAACAGGGGGGAACUAAUCUUAACAUCUUGGGAAUUUUUUAUUUUUUUGCUACCAAAGCACAUUCACAGCUUGUGUUGGUGGGCACUGACCAAUCACAGACUUCACAUGUUUCCCCGCCUUCAUCCUCAAGUUGUCCAACCCUUGGACUUCAAUAGGCGUUAUAUAACAGCUGAACUUUUAUUUGCACUUCUCCCUUCGCUUCAGUCACUUCUCCACGAGUGCCGGAAGGUUCGCAGGUUCACGGAUUUAUCAGUCCUGGAAAAAAAAAAACUAACAAUCAUGGGUGAAAGAGUUGUGCUGCACUAUUUCAAUGGGAGAGGGAAGAUGGAGUCUAUUCGCUGGCUUUUAACAGUCGCAGAAGUCGAGUUUGAUGAGAAGCUCUUGGACACACGCGAAGAGUAUCUAAAACUCGUGAAUGAUGGAAAACUCAUGUUUCAGCAGGUGCCAUUGGUGGAAAUCGAUGGCAUGAGGCUCGUUCAGACAAAAGCCAUCUUAAAUUACCUCGCCGAGAAAUUCAACAUGCACGGAAAGGACCUCAAAGAUAGAGUCAUGAUCAACAUGUACUCCGAGGGACUGAUGGACCUCAUGGAAAUGAUUAUGGUGCUGCCCUUCAAUCCAGACCCCACAGCAAAACUGGAAGAGAUUGAGAAAAAAGCAAAGGAACGCUACCUUCCUGUGUAUGAAAAGGCUCUGACUGGACCCGUGUACCUGGUGGGAGGCAAACUAAGCCUUGCAGAUGUGCUGCUGGUUGAAUGCA